GCUACAAACAAAACGGGCUCCUGAUCAACUCACUGGAGGAGGCCUCUAAGGAAGCAGGACAAGCCCUGGUGUUGAAGACUGCGACCCCUCCUUUUGAGAGCCAACACCAUCAUUUGUUGCACUGCUUGGAGAAAACCACGAACCACGAGUUCGUGGACGAGCAGACGUUUCAGACCAACUGCAUGGAGGUCUCCGUGGUGAACAAGUCGGGCUCUCGCUCCUCCUCGAUGUCUUCGUCUCCGCACGGCCUCGGCUCGUGCUGCUCCCGACGGCACAAGAAGAAGAGCAGCUUCAGCCCGCCGAGCACCAACAACCAGGAGCUCAGCACCAUCCAGAUCAGAGAAAGGCCGGUGUCCAACAGCCGUUCCAGCCUGAAUGCCAAACUCGAUGAGACUAUGCCCUUGAAAUGUGACGAACCCUACAUCAGCCCGUCCAUGGUCAGCCUGUCUGCCCCGGUGGUGACCUCAGCGGACGAGGACGCCUCCACCACCACCACAGCGUACUCUCAGAGCAACAUUGUCCGAGUAUCUGCCUUGUAGAUGUCACAUCUAUAUCUGAUCUGAUCAGCUAACUUGUCUCAAGAAGCACCAGAUGCUGAGGAGAGGGACCACCGAGCAUCAACCUGCCAUAAUCAAGACGGAUUAUAAGAUUAACAGAGGUUGGAUUUUUUUUUUUUCUGAAGUAGAAAAUUUCAUCUGAUGUCAAACUCUGCAUGGUAUUAAAAGCGAUGUGGACAGCUGCCCUGGACGUAGACGUGAACCAGCAGAUCCUGCUCUGU